CCAGCUCGUAAAGGGGGUUGGCCAUAAAAGACCAAUGUUGACACGAAAAACAGCCUUGUCAGCACUCGACAGGGGGCUCGCAUGGCUGGUAGACUUUCUCUUUCCAGGGAUUACAAUCGACACUGGGACCAUGGUCUCAGGUUCCGAGCAGAAUCCAACGGAGUGAGAUCAGCGACCCAGGAUCAUUUGACGUACAGACGAACAUGGGGUCCCUAUUUGACUCAGAUACUGCUCGGCUAUUGCAUGCAAGACUCCGAAGGCUCCAAUCUGCGACAUCAACUGCUCCAGGAAGAUGGGUGGGGCGGGUUGCAUCCCAUCGACUCGCCCGUGGGAAGAGUAGGGGGCGCGCAUGGAAGUGGCAGCGACUGGAGCCCUGGCCGUUGAAAAGGGCAAAUCGACAAGUUUCAUACAUUGCGUUGGGCGCUGACGUUGGUGCGGUGAAACUGACGCAGAUUGGAUGCAACGGUUGCACAACGAUCCGGAGAGUUGUCCAAAGGGACAUUGCGGCGUUCUCGUUGGCCGCCCUCUACCAGACCGUACUUCUGUCGGUCAAAAUUACCAGGCCUUCUGUGGCUUGCAAGGCUUGGGCCCCAUCAGUUUUGCCCGGGUCAUUCACCCCCUCCCUUGUACGACGUGCAUGGUGGGCCAUUCUAGGGAAGCCAAUAUUGCCUCAGCAAUGCUUGGAGUAUUUGGUAGCCAUCGGGGACCCCGCCUGCGGGCAUUACAGAGGUUGGAAACCACUGGAAAGGUGAAGCGUGUCCGGUUGGUGUGAGAUGGUUUAUCAUUGCUUUGGUUCUGCAUAGUCUAUUGGGACGGACAAUAAUUCCACGCUGCCGAAAUCUGUUGGGGGGUGGGGGCUGCUGCUUAUGGCGCCUGGAUGGUCGACGGAAGGAGACAUGUUGU